GCCCCGACCCGGAUUGGUGGCCGCUUGCGAAGACGGUGCGGGUUUCCCCGAUUUCUGUCGCGUUUCCGUUUUCCUCCUCCCGAGACCCAGCGCUGAAAAAACCCACCCCUCGCGGUUGCAUCGAUCGGCGCUGCUUGCGAACUCGGCGGCGGCGCGUCCCGGAGCCGGUUCCCUCUCCUGCGGGCGAAGGAUCCUGAGCAUGGAGCGAUCCGAAGGCGAAGACCCCGAUCCGACCGUGGCGCCGCCGGGGACUCGCCUGCUUCUGGCCUUCAAGGCGUUCGUGAGCUCCCGCAAAGGGCUGUUGCUGCUGUCCCAGGCGGCUCUCUCCUUUAUCAUCUUCAUCUGUUACAUCGCCUCGACAGCAGCAGCAUUCAUGAUGGUGCCUUUACUGACAUUUCUACUCGCUUUGUGCUUUUUCAUUUCGUAUUCCCUGAAGCUUGACGAGAAGUUCCGAGGCAUCUAUUGGCUUUUGGUGGAUUUUUUGUGUGGAAUUAUUGCUGCUAUUAUAUAUUUUGCCAUCUCAAUUGCUGCUGUUUCAAAAUAUUCGGACACGGCAUCGAAGGCAGCGGGGGUAUUCGGCUUUAUCGCUACCAUCGUCUACUGUGCCUACGUCUAUUUCACCCUUAACAGCUUGGCAACAUUUCUGAAGCAAGGAGAUUCCUCCGAUAACCCCCAGCCACAGAAAUCAGAAAAUGACGACUCAGAUUCGGAUUCCGACUGAAGCAAGUAUCUUGAUGAAUGGCAGAACAUCAGUGGAAAAAGAGCAAGGAAUGUUUUGAGUAUUUUAACCUUUUCAGUGAACUUUACAAAUGGGUAUGACUACAAAUGGGAUCACCAAAAUCAUGCUGGGAAAAUUGUCUGUAUAAUUUACCCAGGAAAACUUGAUCUGUUGCUGUUGAGCCUCAUUCAGCAUUGCAGUAGUUUUCCAGCCAAGUUCUUUAUGAACAGACUCCAUAUGUUACCAGAGAUGUACAUAGGUAGUCCUCAACUUACGACCACAAGAGGGACUGGAAAACUCAUUAAGUAGUGUGGUCAUUAAGCAAGGCAUCACAUGACUGCACUCCAUUUUAUGACAUUUUGCGGCAGUCGUUAAGUGAAUCACAUUGUUAAGUGAAUAGUGCAGUUCCCCAUUGAUUUUGCUUGUCAAAAGCCAGCUGGGAAGGACGAAAAUGGUGAUCUUGUGACC